GAAGCAUAUUGUUGCGUUUUUAUCUAUACGUUUUAUGUACAAAAGUAAUGUCUCGAAAUAAUCAGAGAUUUAUUUCUACACUGUCACGCGCUGUCAUGUAUGAUGGCGCGCGCUACAAAACUUAUUCUCUCAUAGCUGACGAUCUUCAAACAGUUUGAAGGGAUAAAGGCACAAAGGCAACUGAAAUGGAGUUUUCGUCGUUUGCAAAGGAAUCGAGGGAAGUGAAUCGUCGUUACAGUGAGGAGUCCGAGUUAACGUUACCUGAGGAGACUCACUGGGCGACAGAAGUCCGACUACCAUGUGAAGGAUUUGAAUCUUUUCAUGCGUCACUACUAAAUAUGGAUACAAAUGUAACUGCAGGAAUGGUGGGCAGACAUAAUGCUGCGAAUGUAAGCCUGACCCAUAAGAUGCUGCCACGGCCUUCACAGCUGAUGGGCAAAAGGAGGAGAGAUCAGAUUUUCCAGAGACAUACCGCAAGUGUCCUGCAGCAUAUAGGGGACCUGAGGACAAGACAGCGCCAUAUAAAUGCGUUAAAAGGGGACAGAUGGUGGGGCGCCACAGAGACCAAAGUGGAACAGGAAGUCAAGGAAGGCAGGACUGAACAGCAUCCUGGUCUUACAACUGAUUUCUUCUUCACAGGAUGUGAGCAGGUGCUUAACCUGGCUCCUGGAGGAAACCCCAUGAUGUCAUUUGUUGAGGGAACAGCUCACAGAUCGUUCACGAUGACCCCUGCUUGUGCCACAGCGAAUUCUGGGAGCUCUGCUGAAAUCCUCAUCAGAAGGGAUUAUGAUGAAAUGCUGUUUCAAAAAAUAGACUUUUAUCAUUGAAAAGCACAAGUCCUAUAGUCCCGACCUGUUUUAAACUUUAUAGACAAGUUCUAUAUUUGACCAUUUUUUUCUUUGGAAAUAUGUUUAUUUAUGUACUCACAAUUGCUGUAAUGGUUAUAAAUGUUUACUGAGCAUUCAGUUAAUGAAAAGUUCUUAAUGUUCUGUGAGAAAAAAUAUAUUUAAUAGAUUUUAUGAUGUUUGAAUAUAUAUUUAAGAAGAAAACUCAAAGACUUGUGCGCUGACAUUGCUUCUGUGAAACCACAGAUGAUCUCAAUACCAAAAAAGUCACCAAUGUCCUGUUCCUGUUUCUAUUCAUAAACAAAAUGUGUAAUAAAUAAAAGAAACAUACAUUUAAAU